ACCAACAGAACCAAAGGUCUAACAUGGUUCUAUUGAUGAUGCAUUUGAGAGUUACCACAGGAAGAAAAGAGACAUUUGGCCCCCAAAUAUCCCAACAUCCCAUCGUAUCCCAACAAGCUUCAAUAUCAUGCACAGGCAGGACCAUAUGAUGUUGGUGUGCUAUGCAUGUUAAACUAUGUCGACAUGUUUCUAGAAUACGAGAGUCAUAUGCAAAAGGAAUGCCUGAAAGUGGAGGCCAACAAAUGUUCUAAACUGACAAGAGGCUAGAGAGGGGUGGAGUUUGUUCGACAGGGAAUCAUUGUAGACCAACUACAAAGAGGUUUUUACAUCUGAAAGUUCAGUCAGGCUGAUGUCUGUCUCUGCAUGUUGGGCUGGCAGAAGGCAGCUUGUUAAUAGAAGAGGGACAUUUCCAUCAAAUCUUUCAGAGGAAAAAGGAAAAUGACGAUCUGUGGACGGCUGUGUCUGUUGAUCUUGCUCGGGAUAGUCAGUCUGGGCUCGUCCCUACGGUGUUUCAAGUGUUCGGACUACACUGGCCAGUGUGAAAAUGUGAAAGAAUGCACUUAUGAAGACUCAUGUAUAUCUCUAAGUGAAAGAGGUGGGAAAACUAUUCGCCAGUGCAUCCGGUACACAGAUUGCGACAAUUCUCGGCUCAUGCAAAUGUUUCCUGCCAUCUCGGAGUUCACCUACAGGUGCUGCAGCAGCGACAUGUGCAACAGCGGCACCCCUCUGACGGCACGAGGGUCUGCUUCAGCUCUGAUGGGCUCUCUGCUGGUGCUGUGGUGGUGCCUACUCUAGGACUCACACAACGGACAGUAGGGCCACUGACAGUCAGCAUGCUACAGAAACUGUGGAUAUGGUUGGAGUCCGUUGUCAUUGUGCUAUUAACUAUGACAGAAUUGUUAUUUUGUGAAACGUGUACGUAAUUGAUGUAGUCUUUAACCUGAUGUUUAAAUGUGCCUUCCGAGUAUAAUUGUGCAGCUGCUGUAAAAUAAUUGCUCCUUGUUUGUUGGUUCAUUUAUUAGUUAGGUUUAGUAUUGGUUUGUAUUUUACUAACAUGAACUAGACUCAUAAACAGCCUUGUUAUGUAAUUGCGAUAUCAUUAGCGCAUGUUUCAUUAAAUCAUACAUGUUUGA